AUGGACGAUAUCGACAUGUUCCUACAAAAUAUCCGCAAAAAUAGAGGCAGACUCGAGAAUACUCCAAAUAUGAUUGGAGGUGCUUCUGCUGAAAAGGCUUGGAAUGGAAUCAAACUACGCCUUAAGAAGACUGCAUCUACCUCUCAAGACAAUAACGGUGGUGCUGUUGGUGCUGUUGAUGCUGAAGAGAUAAGCCCUCUUCGAUCUAAGUUUGUUCUAGAUAAUGAUUUCUAUGACUUUGACAAGGACCGAGUUGAAGGUUCGUUUAAAGAGAACGAAGUAUGGGCUGCUUAUGGUGGUGUUGAUGGAAUGCCCCGACUCUAUGCACUGGUGCAUAGUGUUGUCUCUCAAGAACCGUUCAACUUGAGUAUUUCUUGGCUGGAUAUUACCAACGAUGAGGAACCGGCUACAAUGAAGUGGGUUGAUUCAGGUUUUUCCAAGACAAGCGGACGCUUCUCAAUCGGGGAACGCAUGAUCAACACCAAAGCUCUCAAGCUAUUCUCACAUAGACUCAAGUGUACAAAAGAUGCUGAAGGGUUUAUUCACAUCUAUCCUACGAAAGGUGAUGUUUGGGCUUUGUAUACAAACUGGUCACCAUCUUGGGGAGACGAAGAUGAUUGGGACGAUGAUGAAGAAGAGUGGAACGAGUUUGAAGUCGUUGAAGUGGUUGAAGACUUCGAUACGGAAGUAGGUGUAAUGGUUUUGCCAUUAGUGAAGGUCCCUGGAUUCAAAGCUGUCUUUCGUCGCGAUUCUGAUCAGUUGGCAUUCUCAGUCAAAGAUCUGCUCAAGUUCUCACAUCAGGUGGUCUAUCACAGGCUCACUGGUCAGGAAGGUGAGAAUGUUCCAGAAGAUUGUUUGGAGCUUGAUCCAGCAGCUUUGUCACGGGAGCUUUGCGGGGAUCUCUCCGAGGACGAGCUUCUCACUGAGGACGAGAUGAGUGAAUAG